UUAUAACUCUUUCAAAAGUAAGUUUUAAGAAUUAGUCUAAUGAAGGAUUUUUACUACCAUCUAUAAAGAAGAUCCAUGGGGAUGAAGGAAUUGCGUGUGGCUGUUGGUACGGUGCCUGUCCCUCCUCAGCACGGAUGACCCUGCCACACGCGAUUCACGUACCAGUCUCUGGUUACGGAUUCCCUCCACCCAGUGUUCAGUUGACUCGGUUGACUUGGAGAAGCCCACCCACCCCGUCAAAGAACCCCACUACCCUCAAGGAUUCCCCAGGAACGACUCACUGUGCGUUUCACCUUACGUUCACAUCCCUUGUUUCUUCAUCUACUCCCUCUACCCCUCUCAAUCGAUUCAGGUGAGCUGGCGAGCUUAUAUGUAAGAGCGUCAAUGCCUGCUUCAUUGGCAUUAUGCUAACGGAAUGCUAACGACGAGCAACUACCCUCGACGAUGCCGCACAGGUGGUACAUCCGUUACCGGUGUCUCCACGUCCCCAGGUACUCUGCUUACACGACCAAAAUUACCACUCAGGCCUUACGUCAAACCGAGGGGCACCCACAUUUUCUCACACAUCGAAAAUGCACCCUUUGGUAGACCCAAGCGAUUCAGAGUCCGGAAAAUGAGCUCGGUGCAGAAGAUGGAUCUUGGAAAGAAGAAGAUACCUGACUACACGGAGACAGCUUAUAGAGAAGCUGUAUCAAAGCUCAAGUAUCUUUUGGCUGAGUCUUACACGCCGAGAUCAACAGGUAAAAUUCACCGUGAAAGAGGUAUCUACCGUCGCAGCGCUCUCCGCCUGCACGAGUCCGCGGAAGACACGGACGAUCGAAGUGCCGUGAGCGAGUGUAUCUCAUCCCCCGAAAAAGUUCGCCUGCCAGCAUCGAUCCUAACUGCCGAAGACUCCCAACUUACGCCCCGGGAGCUUACCUCCUUCAUAAUGCGUCAAGAACAGUAUAUCGAGCAAUUGGAGCAAGAGUCACGCUACUGCAAAGACGAGUUGAAGAACCUCCUCGGUAAAAUUCGCGAAGUAGUAGCUGAGAACGAAGCACUUCACGAUAAAAAUAAAACAGGGCUGCUGAAAGCCUUCCUAACAGAGUACGAAAGUUGCGAUGAGGUGAAACGACUGGAGGGUAAAUCCCUGCCGUCGACAGAACUCGAAGUACACUCCAGCCCGGGAAAGAAGAUGAAAUUGCAAAGGAUGGACGGACCUGCGAUAAUGUAUGAGUCCAGGAUCAGCGAACUAGAGGCGCAAUUAACGCAGGCGAAAAUCGAGCUUAAGAAAGCACUGGAGGACAAAACAUCGAGUCUCAAAAGAUCGGACACUGGCUCCUCCAGUCCAGAGACAGUCGUCCAGUUAGAGCAGGUGAUGCGAGAGAAACGAGAGACAAAUUCUAAACUCGAUGAAACUCUGAAGAGUCUUCAGGCAGCUCGUGAGAGGGAGACUGAAGCCAGCCAGAAGGCAAAACGGGCGAUGGACUCUGCCCAGCAGGCGGAGUUCGAGAAGAGUCAGGCGGAGGCCGAGAUCAGGAGGCUGAAGGACGAGUUGGAGAGACAGCGGGAGAAGAUCAGAGAAGCCACGCAGGAUGCCUGCAGGAGGCUGGCGGAGGAGAGACACCAGGUGGAGAGGAGGUAUGGGCAUCAGAUGGAGCAGCUCUCCGCUGAUGUCGCGACGCACUGGGACGCUGCAUCCAAAUCCCAGCUGGAGAUUGAGAAGCAACGCCGGGAGAUCUCGGACCUCAAGAGGGAAUUGACUCAGAAGCAGGCGGUGAUUGAGGAUCUCAAGAAGGAAAUGCUGUCGAAAACUUCAAGCCUCCAGAGCGACUUGACUCAACUCUCAGCAGAGAAAGAUGCAGUUGAGCAAGAACUUGCCACAGCGAAACUGGGGACUGAGAGGAGCGAACGUCAUGCUCGUCAAGAGCAGAGUCGUUGGCAAACAGAAAUCAAUUCUUACAAGCAAAGAAUCGAGAGAGCCGAUGCUGACAUCGUCCAUUGUCGGCGGGAGAACCUGCGGCUGUCCGAGCAGAUUGCUUCAUUGGAGAAAGAGUUAAAUAUGUCGAGAAUUAUACACGUGGAGACAACUGCAACUCCCAGGAAAGAUAAAGACAAGGACGUGACAUCGAUGAUAAUGGAUAUGGAGGGCAAACACGCUGCUCAAGUGGGUGGUCUUGAAGACGCUCUCAGCAAUCAAGCAAAGCUCAUUUCUCAACUGACUGCCGAAUGCCAAUCUCUCACACAGCGUUUGGAAGCUAACAACCACACGCACAAGGAAGAGAUGGCCCGGUUACAAAGCAACAUAGAGUAUUUAACGAGUAAAUUCCGGGAUACGCUUGAAAAUCCGAAAGGAAGACUAUCGUCAAGCCCUGAAUCAGGUGCAGACUCUGGUAAACAAUCUCAUAAACCUGCAAUUGAAGAAAUACAGGCCCAUGAUACUCAUCCCUACCCAGCAGCAUCUGACGAUACUUACACCCAUAGUUACCCGAAUCCCCAACAAAAAACUGAGGAGAUGGAUCAGGCCGGUUACCAGGAUCCUCAGAACUACGAAAAUUACCCAGCAGAAUAUUCCACCCAGGAUUACAGUCAGUAUGAGCAGUACGAUCCAUCAGCGUAUCAACAGUCUGCCGAGGGGACUCAAGGGCAGACCGAUGAGGGUAUUUACGAUGGUAGUCAACAAUAUGAGCAUUAUGGAAAUAAUAAUUAUCUCGACAAUCAACAGGUUCCCCAUGAACAACAGUAUGUUGAGUCCAAUCCAGACGAUAGUGUUGCUGCAUAUACAAUGCCAGAUUUAUUUGAUCUCGCAAAUUUAAUAAAGAAUGUGGGUGUCGACGCUGUCAAAAUAAAACAGGAGCCCGGACUGCCGGAGAAAUCAUCGAAUGAAAUUUUAACAGAAUUAUUUAGUACUUUUGAUGCCGAAGAUCUAAACAAUUCACAGGAGGCUCAGGAUGACGAUUCCGAUGGAGUUGACAAAUCGAAGAAGAGAAAAAAAAAGAGUAAGAAGAAGCAUAAACACAAGGAAAAAAAACACAGGAAGAGAGAGAGAAGUGGCAGUGACAGUGAGGCCGAGCAAGAUGGAAUAAAAAAGAAGAAAAAACACAAGAAAAAAUUGAAACGCAAGAGAGAUUCAGGCUUGGCUGGCAUGUCAGAUUCAGACGAAUCGGCUCUUAAAAUGAAGAAAGGCCUCUCGUCCUUGAGUGCAGCAACAGAAAAUGAUGAGACAACAGCUGAGACAAUGUUGGACCUGGUGCAGAAAAUGGUGAAAAAAGAUCCGGACGCAGAAGUACCUGACAAUGGCUGUGAUCCAAAAAAUGGCAAGCCUGAGAACCUGAAAUUACGAUCAGCAAUGCAGAGCCUUGACAAUAAUUUUGAUGACCCUAUGGUUCCCAGAUUACUUGAAAAAUCCGAUCAGCCAUUGAAGCCAAAAAUUCUGAUCAAAGACUUGAAGAACAGUGUUGUUUACAACGAAACGGUGAAGGAAGUGGAGAAUAUCGAGAAGGAGAAGGCAGCCCGAGUAGAGGACGGGGAGAUAUCAGACAGUGACGAGGACAACAGAACCCCAACACUGAGUCCAACUCCCCCUCCUGAUGCAUUCGAUCUAUCCGACAGUCCAUCGUCAAGCAGAAAGUCGAAAUACCAAAGAGAAGUUAGUCCCGGUCCGUCAACAACAAAGGAUCUUCGAUAUAUUCUGAAGAAGAAGGAGAAGAUCAAGAAAUUGGAGAGUCGGAGAAGUUCUCGAAAUGAGAAUGAGUCUCAUGAUAUAAAUAAGGAUUUACAUGGCAAAAGUUCGAGGAGCAGAGACAGUAAAAAGAGAAGCAGAGACAGUUCUUCGAAGGAUCGAAAAGAGUCGGAUUCAGGGGUCUAUUAUGGGAGCAGACGAGAUCGUAGUCGUGGGAGGGAGAGCACGAGGACUAGGAGUUCUGAGAGGAGACACAGAGACAGGAGCUCUGAGAGAAGAUCUACGAUGAGUAGAGACAGAAACAGAUACAACUCUGAUAAUUUCGGUAGUAGUCGAAGCAGGAGUGUCGAAAAACAUCGGGAUAGGUACACAAGGGGUCGAAGCAGAAGCAAAGAAAGAAAGGAACGAAUUGAAAUUGACAAGAAGAAGCUGCUGGAAAUAGCAAGACGAAAUGCUAUAAAUAUGAUCAAACGAGGUACUUUGCCUCUGGCACAACAGGACAAAGCCAUUGCUGCCAUUCAGGCUGGUGGAAAAACUGUUGAUGAAUUGAUAGAUUUUUGUAAAUCUCUUUCAAAGUCUGAAGCCCUCGGUGAACUCUCGAGUGUGUCGUCCGAUGAGGGUGGGAGUGAAUCAGAAAAAGGAUUUCAUCAUCCAUUCUUGCUGAAGGAGCGACCUAAUUCAAUCAUAAUGAACAUUCGAGACUCCAAACAAAUUCCAACAAAAACCUUCCAAGAGAGGACAGCAGAGUCGUCGAAUCAGCUGCGUCUUCAGUUCCCGGUGUCCAGUGGACAGCAACAUCGCAGAAGUGAAAAUGAGUGGGUGGACGUGACCCCCACUCCACCAGCACCAGCACCCAAAAAAUCAGAGCCAAAGAAGCAGUUCGUACCAGCCACAACUCCAGCUACUGAAGAGCCAUUUGCAAUACUUCCACCACAUUCCACUGCUCAUUCAAAAUCCGAUGAACCAUCAGCUCCUGAACCAACAGUGGCUCCUUUGAUAGGGCCAGUUGUUCCACCAGGUAUCCUGCCAGGAGUGCAGAAGAUUGGAGUUUUUCCUCAAGCUACAAUGGAAAAUGUCGACAUUGGAACGAUAGUUUCCCAACGCUUGGCAGCAAUGCGGAAACUCCGAGAGAAUCCGAAUGAUGUCGAAGCCCUUAGUGAAAUGUAUCAUGCACAGAGUGAGAUGAGAAAUUGGGCGGAGAGCAAGCAGAUGCCAGGUCAAUUCACUGGUAGCACUGGCGCCAGAGUUUUAACACCAGCUGAACUAACAUCAGGUUAUCAAGCGUGGGCUCGUAAGGAUCAACUGACAUCGGCACAGCCGGUCUCUGGAGGAAUGGGAAUGGCGUUACUGCAGAAGAUGGGGUGGCGUCCUGGGGAGGGUUUGGGGAAGAAUAAGGAGGGGACUCUUGUGCCAUUGCAGCUGGAGGUUAAAUUGGAUAAGAGAGGACUCGUUUCGGAUCAGGAUAUUGGGCUGAAACUUGGCAAAAUGGCUAAACCCGUUGCACCUACAAUUAAAACUCUUGAAGGAAAACAUCCGGUAUCUCUACUUGGUGAAUUCUGCUCCAAACGAAAAUAUGGGUCGCCUGUCUACGAGCUAUGCUUCGAGUGUGGACCAGAUCAUAAAAAGAAUUUCCUGUUCAAGGUGAUAGUGAAUGGAAUUGAGUACAAGCCGAGUGUCGCGAGUCCGAACAAGAAACAGGCGAAGGCUGAAGCGGCGCAGAUCUGCUUGCAAACCCUUGGUCUCCUGUCAGCGUGAUCUUUAUAAAAGACAUUCAGAGGUAAUUGUAAAUUGUAUAUUCUAUAUGUAUUAUAGAUUUUCUGUCAAUAGCGAUGUCUUUCGCCUUGGGUUAAUAAAGAGAAGAAAAAAAUUUUUUAC